UGCUGCUCGUGUCAAACCUAUAAAGGUGUGGAGGAUCACUCACUCUCUACCUCAGGAGGAGCUGCUCGUGUCAAACGUGUGAAGGGUCACUCACUCUCUACUUCCGGAGGACAUCCUCCACUCUCAACAGACCAAACCCCGACUGAAGAAAAGAUCUACGGCAUCAUGGUCCUGCUAGUCCUACUCUCUCUCCUUCCAACUUGUUUCUGUUGGCAACAACACACAUCAAUGUGGAAUCAACCUGCUCAACCUCUUCAACCACUACCUUGGCAACUUCCUCCUCCUCCUCCUCCUCCUCCUCCUCCUCCUCCUCCACCACCAAUGCCACACCUUAAGGACUGUUCUGAGAUCCACGCAUCCAACCCGUCCAGUCCCAGUGGGGUGUUCGUCAUCUUCCCUGGGGGGCAAAACUCCGCCCCCCUGCAGGUCUACUGCGACAUGGAGACUGAUGGGGGAGGCUGGACAGUUUUCCAGAAAAGGAUGGAUGGCACUUUGAACUUCUACAGAACCUGGGAUCACUACAAGAAGGGCUUUGGGAAUAAAAAUGGAGAGUACUGGCUGGGCCUGGACAACAUCCACCUGCUGACCAAGAAAGGGAAUUAUGAGCUGAGGGUGGACAUGGAGGACUGGGAGGGGAGAAAGGUGUACGCUCAGUACACGUCCUUCUCUGUGGACGGCGAAAGUUUAGGAUACACACUGCAUCUGCGCGGCUUCAUCGAUGGAGGAGCAGGCAAUAGCAUGGAUGGGCAUGUUGGAAUGAAGUUCAGCACUUUCGACAAAGACCAGGAUGCAUAUAGUUGUGGCAAUUGUGCUAGAAUGUAUCUUGGGGCCUUCUGGUAUGGUGCCUGUCAUUAUGCCAACCCCAAUGGGGUGUACAGGUGGGAGGCUGAUUCCACACCUUUUGCUGUUGGUGUUGAGUGGUACCAUUUUAAAGGUUAUAAUUACUCCAUGAAGACCUUCAGCAUGAAGCUCAGACGUCUAGUCUCUAGUGACCCUCAGCAAAGGCAACAAAACUUUGGUUAAAUACGUUUGAAGAUUGAGCUCCCCAUCAGGCCUUGGGCAACAGCAGACCAGCAGAAUACCUAUUUUGUGUUUUGUCUGUCAUUUUGAAAGCUUCAUUAAAAUUGAUUUUGUGCAUUCA